AUCAACAUCUUCGUAUAGGCUACCUAGCCUGCAAUCGCAUCCACAAAAACGAAGCAUGACUAUCACACACAUCGUCCUCUUCCAAUUCUCCUCAGAAGCCCUCAAAGACACUGCCAACAUCCAAAGAAUCUGCACCGCCUUCCAGGCCCUCAAGCAAAACUGCCUCCACCCCCAAACCCACAAACCCUACAUCCUCUCCCUAACCGGUGGCCUCAACAACUCUCCCGAAGUACACCAUUCAGGGGGUCUCACGCACGGAUGGGUGGUCAAGUUUGAGAAUCAGGAGGAUCGGGAUUGGUAUGUGGAACGGGAUCCGGCGCAUACGGAGUUUAAGGGGAUGUUGGAGGGGGUUGUGGAGGGGGUGAGGGUGUUUGACUAUGAGGGUGGGGUGUUUUGAAGAUAUUAGAAAGGGGUUUGUGACUAUCCUAGGGGUAAGAAAGAACAUAAAGGGUAUCUCGUCAACUCUCCAUAUCGCGUC